GUUCUGAAGCUGGGAAAAUGCGAGUGUUUGCAUGUGCGGGGAGCUGUGAGGGGUGCGCGCGAGCUUGGAAGGCACGAUAUGGCUCUCGAAGUGGUCACGUGCUACGCUUGGGAACAGCUUUAAAGAGGCCUGUAAGCCUGGAGAUCCUGAAGUGCCGCACUGGUUCCAAGUAGGAGAUGCAGUUUUUGUCUGCCGCCACCAGGCCGGAAACCUGGAACCAUGCUAGAAAAGGCCUUACUUGGUGCUACUGACCAUCCCCACGGCAGUGAAGGUUGAAGGCAUCUCUGCCUGGAUCCACCCCUCCCACAUGAAACAAGCUCCUGAACCCUCCAAAGAUGAAUGGGAACUGGAAAAGACUGUGGACCCUCUUAAGCUGCGUCUGCAUCAUAGGCGCUGCUCUGAGUAAGAACACCAAUCCCCAUGCCCCUCAACAGCUUACCUGGCAAAUUGUGGACCCAACUACUGACACCGUUAUAAACAACACACAACAGGUUGCCCCUCUGGAAACAUGGUGGCCUGCCUUACACUUCUGUCUCCGUCAGAUCAACCCCAUGGCUAGAAGUUUUCCCCCCAACCUAAUACGUAGCUAUGGGUUUUACAGUUGCCCUGGGUCCAAAAAGGGCCCACACUGUGGGGGACCCCAAGAAUUUUUUUGCAGAAGUUGGAGCUGUGUCACCUCAAACGAUGGAGACUGGAAGUGGACUACAUCAUCUGCUGAAGAUGGAUUGUCUCUCUCUUUUGUCAACCCAGGGCCAGGCAGACAUGUGGAUGCAAUGACAUAUGAUGAUGUCCACAUUAACUUCACUCCAGAAGAAUGGGCUUUGCUGGAUUCUUUCCAGAAGAAUCUCUAUACAGAUGUUAUGCUGGAGACCUACAGGAACCUCACUGCUAUAGGUUACAAAUCAGAAGACAAUAAUAUUGAAGAACAUCUUCAGAAUUCUAGAAUACAUGGAAGGUAUAAAGGAAGUCUUGCCAGAAAGAAACCCUAUGAAUAUACUCAAUGUGAUAAAGCCUCUACACAUCACAGUGAUCUUCAAAGGCAUGAAAGAAUUCAUACUAGAGAGAAACCUCAUAAUUGUUAUCAAUGUGCUAAAGCCUUUCCAGAUUACUGUGCUCUUCAAAACCAUGAAAGAACACGUACUGGAGAGAAAACCUAUGAAUGUGAUCAAUGUGGUAAAGGCUUUACACAACAAGCUUACCUUCGAAACCAUAAAAAAACACACACUGGAGAGAAACCCUACGAAUGCAAUGAAUGUGGUAAAGCAUUUGCACAUCACUCUACUCUUCGGAAACAUGAAAGUACACAUACUGGAGAGAAACCCUAUGAAUGUUAUGAAUGUGGUAAAGCUUUUUCACAACAGAGUCAUCUCCAAAACCAUAAAAGAACACAUACUGGAGAGAAACCCUAUGAAUGUAAUGAAUGUGGUAAAGCCUUUGCACAACACAGUAGUCUCCAAAACCAUAAAAGAACACAUUCUGGAGAGAAACCCUAUGAAUGUAAUGAAUGUGGUAAAGUCUUUUCACAACACAGUAAUCUCCAAAAGCAUAAAAGAACACAUUCUGGAGAGAAACCCUAUGAAUGUAAUGAAUGUGGUAAAGCCUUUUCACAACAUAGUACUCUUCAACAACAUAAAAGAACACAUACUGGGGAGAUACCUUAUGAAUGUACUGAAUGUGGCAAAGCCUUUUCACAGCACAGUAGUCUCCAAAUGCAUAAAAGAACACAUACUGGAGAGAAACCCUAUGAAUGCAAGCAAUGUGGUAAAGCCUUUUCACAACAAAGUAGUCUUCGAAAACAUAAAAGAACACAUACUGGACAGAAACCCUAUGAAUAUAAUGAAUGUGGUAAAGCCUUUUCACGACACACUAGUCUUGAACAACAUAAAAGAACACAUACUGGAGAGAAACCUUAUGAAUGUAAUGAAUGUGGUAAAGCCUUUUCACAACAGGGUCAUCUCCAGAAACAUAAAAGAACACAUACUGGAAAGAAACUGCAUGAAUGUAAUCAAUGUGCUAAAACCUUUUCAGAGCCCAGUAGUCUCCAAACGCAUAAAAGAACACAUACUGGAGAGAAACUCUAUGUAGGUAAUUAAUGUGGUAAAGCCUUUGCAGUUUUCUGUACUUUUCAGAAUCAUGAAACAAUUUAUACUGGAGAGAAACCCUAUAAAUGUAGUAAAGCCUUUGCAGUUCACAAUUAUUUUCAAAUACAUAAAAGAACACAUUCUGGAGAGAAACUUUAUGAAUGUAGUCAGUGUGGCAAAGCCUUUGCACAUUACUAUACACUUUGAAAACACGAAGGUGUACUUACUGGAGAGAAACCCUAUGAAAACCCUAUUACUAUGUAAUAAAGCCUUUUCACAACAGAGUCAUCUCCAGAAACACAAAAUAAAACAUAGUCUAGAGAAAUUGUACCAGUGUAAUCAAUGAGAUAAAGCCUUAGCAGGACAGAGUUAUCUCCAAAUACAUAGAAAAACACAUAUUGAAGAGAAACCCUAUAUAAGAAGUGUGGUAAAGCCUUUUCACACGGUAGCCGUGUAUACCUAAAAGAACACUCACCAGAUAGAAACCCUACAAACAUAGUCAGUGUGAGAAAGCCUUUUCACAAUAGUUAUCUCUACAUUAAAAACAACAAGAAAAACAUAUUGGAGAGUUUUUCUGAAUGUAAGCAAUGUGGGAAUCUGGGAGUAUAAUGUAUUUGGUAAGAUUGUUAGCCGGCCCAAUUUCAUUUAAUACACAAGAUCAUUUAUUCUAGGGGGAAGGUUUUAUUCUGACAAGUGUCCACAAUCUCUUUAAGCCUUUUGCCCAUCUUUAUUUUGUUUGCACCUACAAACUCAUGGAUAAAAGCUCUAUGAAUAUACACUAUUAGGUAGCACAUUUAGAUUUCAUUCAUCUUUAUCAAUUACACCAAAUAAGCCAUCUAAGCCAUUUAUCCAUAAUAAAACUUUAUGGAUCUGUCUUAAUACCUUUUCUGAUGCUUUGAUAAAACAUAAUGUCUUUGGCAACUUAUCAAACAGUUUAUUUGGGUUUAUGGUGCCAGAGGUGUAAGGGAUUACCAUCAACGAGGCAUGGCAACAAGUGCGAGACAUGGCAACAAAGCAGGAAGUUCAAAGCUCACACUCAAAACAAAGCAUGAAGCAGCCAAGGGGAACAGGAGGUUAUGUGAGGAUUUAAACUCUCAAAACCAACCCCCCCCCCCCCCCCGUGACAUGUUUCUUCCAGUAGGGGCAGCAUUUACUAAAUCUUUCCAAAUGAUACCACCCACUGAGAAGGGUUGAUUUUCUGAAUUCCACCUCAAAUACUUGCAUUUUGGGAAGUGAACCAAUCCAUGAGGAAGAAAAACCCUGUAAAUAAGCUGUUAGAUGCCUCAUCAUCUGGGCUACACUAAUGAAGGCUUAGAGGAGAAAAACAGUCAUGAGUGCAAAUUGUGUUUUUUUAGUGAUUUGUUUACAUUUUAAUUAUAUGUUGUUAGUGUGUCUUUUUGUCACAUGUAUGUGCAUGCUGUUUUCCAAGAAAGUUAGACUCAUGUAUAUUCUUGUACCAAGGAUUUCAGGUAGUUGUCAAAAACUUGACCUCAGGUCACAGAAUAAACAUGUCUUAACUACUUAGCUA